AUGAACUACAAUCCGAACGCGGGUAUGCGGAACCCCGCAGCUGCCACCGGUCGUCCAAGGCCACCGAAGCGGGUGAGCGAUGUCAACGCCAUGGGUCCCGCGGCUCCGAUGAUGGGCGGUGGCGCCACCUUCAUGGCCCCGCCCACUGGCCCUGCUAUGCUCGAUCCCAAUAUGUAUGGUGCACCUGCUCCGGCGCCCAGCUAUGGCUUCGACCCCAAUCUCGGCCAGAAUCCAUCGCAGCAGCAGCAGCCAGCGGGUUACGGCUACGGAGCACCACAGGCUCCUCCACAACAGGCGCCCUUCGGCAUGGGAGCACCACCUGCUCAACCAGGGGCUCCUCCUGGACAGCAACCCCUGCCCACCGGACAGUAUCCACAGUUCGCCAUGUUCCAGCAGCCCAUUGUCCAGGACAUGGCCAUGCAGUACGGCCAAAGGCUGGCGGAUCAGGGCAAGCAGAUCAUGGAGAACCAGUUCGAGAAGUGGGUGCCGGUGGCCAAGCUCAAGUACUAUUUUGCCGUGGACAAUGCCUAUGUGGGCCGGAAGCUGCGGCUGCUCUUCUUUCCCUAUAUUCACAAGGACUGGUCCCUGCGCUACGACCAAGAGCACCCCGUGCAGCCGCGCUACGAUGUGAAUGCCCCGGAUCUCUAUCUGCCCACCAUGGGCUACAUCACGUACGUGAUUGUGGCUGGCCUGCUGCUGGGCAUGCAGAAGCGCUUCUCGCCCGAGCAGCUGGGCAUCCAGGCAUCCAGCGCCAUGGCCUACAGCAUUUUCGAACUGGUCAUUUACUCCAUAGCCCUGUACGUAAUGAAUGUGAAGACGAGCCUGAAGACUCUGGAUCUGCUGGCCUUCACGGGGUACAAGUACGUUAAUAUAGUGGUCUGUCUGAUGGUCAGCACGCUCUUCUUCAAAUCUGGAUAUUAUAUUGCGCUGGCGUACACCAGUUUCUCCUUUGGCUUCUUCCUGCUCCGCACAUUGCGAACCAAGUUGCUGCAGGACAACUCACCGGCUGCUCCCAGUGGCGCCAUCAACUACGAUCCCUACGGAAAUCCUCAGCAAUUCGACUACAGCGGCGGGAAGAAGCGAAAGCUCUACUUCCUGUUCAUGGUGGUCGUGGGCCAGGCGCUGUUCGCUUUCCUCCUCUCCAAGCAUUUGUAUCUGCCGGAGGCGGAGGUGCUUGCGAUCCCGAAAACCUUCUAACCAACCGCCUAGAUAGGCUAAUUUGCAGACUCCUUGGGUUGAACCCCAGGCCAAGUCAUUUCCAGCAUGUUAAAUCCCCUCAGAUUCGCGUGAGAUAAGCAUAUUUUUGUUAGAAACAACACACACGUUUUAUAAAUAAAUACCAGCUAUGAAAUCGAA